AUGGGCAGAGUGGCAAAGCAAUUACCCGAACAAGGCGUAAUCGAGGCAGCACGCGAUCAUCUCAAACAGGAAGGCUGGGCGAUCGUCCCCAAUGUCUUGUCCGAGUCUGAAGCCAGCCACGUCUUGAAACGCCUCUGGGCUGCCAAAGAGGCUUCCGCUGCUCGGGGAGAAUCUACCCACCUUCCUCACCUCGAUCCCAAUGAUUCAAAUGUCCGUGUCUUUUAUCUACUGGAACUCGAUGAAAUCUUUCAGGAACUGAUUGUUCAUCCGUCCGCGAUCUCACUUGUCCAAGAUGUCCUAGGACCCCAAUUCUUGAUCUCGAAUUUCACUGCCAACAUCGCUAGACCUGGAUCAAAAUCAAUGGCCCUGCACUCGGAUCAGUCCAUCGUCGUACCACCUCCCUGGCAUGAAAGCUGGGCGCUGAACGUAAUAUGGUGCCUGUCCGACGUCCACAAAGACAAUGGCGCAACUCUGUUUAUUCCCGGGUCGAAUCAGUACAAAACACAAGCCGACGUACCCAGCAAUGCUCCAGAUCUGCUUGUGCCGUUCGAGGCCAAGGCAGGUAGCAUCAUCCUCAUGGACGGACGGGUCUGGCAUACCAGUGGGUCAAAUAUCACAGAUUCUGAGGAGAGAGCCUUGUUGUUCGGUUACUAUACCAAGGGUUUCCUGAGACAGCAAAUCAAUUGGACAGCGCGAUUGAGUGAAGAGAUCAAGGAGGGACUCUCGGAAGAGCUGAAGGAAUGGCUCGGUCUCGGUGUGGCUGCCAAUACAGGCCGAGCUGGCGACAUUGUGUACAACUACCUGGAGAAGCAGUAUCCCAAGAAGGAGCUAGUCGCCGCUUUGUGA